AAGACAAACUCUCGUUCACUUUGCGCGCAGCUACUGUUCCGACGAUGAUGGCUCGCAUCUUCAUCCUUGCCCUCCUGGGGCAAUUAUGCUUCCUUCCCUACUUGGAUGCUAUCACAAGCUCUCCCAAGGUUCAGGUUUAUUCCCGCCACCCAGUGGACAGUAACAAAGAAAACUUCGUCAACUGCUUUGUGUCUGGAUUCCACCCACCCCAGAUUACCAUUGAAUUAUCAAAGGAUGGGGAAAAGAUUCCCAAAGUAGAGGAAUCUGACCUGUCCUUCAGCAACGAUUGGACUUUCAAUCGCCUCGUCUCCGCUCCUUUCGAUCCAAACUCUAGAAGUGAAUACACUUGCAAAGUUACCCAUUCAACCCUCCAGGAGCCCAAAGUGGUUAAAUGGGACCCAGAAAACAACUAACGUGCAGUAUGGAGGGUCAGCUGUUGACCUUGGACGUUUGGAGGCUUCAAGACAUCUGGCCUGAAAUAGAAGGAUGUUAAAUAUCCCUAUAUUUUCAUGAAAUUACAUUGAAGUGGAGUUUGGCUUUAAUUUAGCUAAAUUUAAUUUGAGUAGGUAUAGAACUGCUAACAGUCUUCUUUUAAGUUUCACUUUGAUUAUUUACCUUCUAUGCAUGUAUCAUUUGAUAUGAUAUUUAGACAUUGUAAGAAAUGUGCAGCUUUGAGAGAGAGGAGAAACAAAUCCUGGGAGAACUCAGUAUUUGUUCCCUUUAUAAGUCCUGAGUUACUCAGUUAUUUCUUCAUGCAGAAUUUAAUUCGCUACAUUUUAUUCUAUAAACUCAUUGAUGCUCAGAAUUUCAAACUCUUAACUCCUUCUAUAUUUAGAAUUUUAGAGGAUAAUUUGAAUAUAAUGUUAUCAGUAUCAUUGGGGGCUUUUUAACCAAUAAUUGAGCACAACCUUUGCUCCUAGUGUAACUGCCAGAUUCCAGCUCAAUCAGUAACCUAACAAGCAUUUAGUAAGGACCUGAGGUCCGAAAUGUCCAGAACAUUCAGUAUGUGAACAUCUCUCUGGGAGUCCUGAACCUUUCCUCUGUCAAAAAGUCAGUUUCAAAAAAAAAGCAUACUGGUAGCAAUUUUUGUAUUAAUUGUUAAACUGAAAUCUGAAUCUAAAAAGGAAAGCCCCAAAAUGUGCUUAUCUAAAUUUUGCUGUUGAAAAGCAUGUUUUACUGAAUAAAACAAUUGUGAAACUGA